GUGCUGUGCCUCCCAUCCAGUCCCCAAUCAACAGAGGCUCGGAGUGUAAGAGUUUCCAACCCUGGCUGUCGCUUGUGUACAAUUUCAGCGGUGUCAGGUGUGGGGGCGUCCUGGUGCACCCACAGUGGGUGCUCACAGCUGCCCACUGCUCACACAACAAUUACCAGCUCUGGCUGGGUCGCCACAGCCUGUUCGAGCAUGAAGACACAGCCCAGUUUGUCCAGGUCAGUCGUAGCUUCCCACACCCUGAAUUCAAGCUGAACCUCCUAAAGAACCAUACCCAGCGCCCCGGAAAGGACUAUAGCCAUGACCUCAUGCUGCUGCGCCUGGCAGAGCCUGCCCAGAUUACAGAUGCUGUGAGGGUCCUGGACCUGCCCACCCAGGAACCCCAACUGGGGAGCACCUGCUAUGUCUCUGGCUGGGGCAGCCCUGAACCAGUCACAUACAUCGGCAAUCUCCAGUGCGUGGACCUCAAACUCCUGUCCAAUGAUGUAUGUGCCAAGGCCCAUUCCCAGAAGGUGACAGAUCACAUGUUGGGCGCUGGGCCUUUGGAGGGCAACAGGGACACCUGCCCGGGUGACUUGGGGGUCCCACUGAUCUGCAUUGGUGUGCUUCAGGGAAUCACAUCUGGGGGCCACAUCCCAUGUGGCAGCCCCAGUAUGCCUGCUGUCUACACCAAACUGAUUCCCUACCUGCAAUGGAUCAAAGAGACCAUGUGGGUCAACAGCUGA